UGAGCACAGAACACAGAAGGGAAGCUAAGAAGACGAGUGAAAGGAGUGUCAUUCAUUUGUUUAACUGACAAAAAAAGCUAAUUAAUGACAUUCUACAGGUAAGUUGCAAAAUAAGAACUAAGAAAAGAUACAGACACACCAUGGCAGAGGGCAACAGUCCAAAAGGAGGUGCAGUGGUCUUUGCCAAACGAGUCCAAAGGCAGCUGAGCAGGGGCAAGGAGAAGGUCCUGCAAAAACUAGGAAAGACAGUGGAAACCAAAGAUGAAGAAUUUGACAAAUGCCUCCAAAAUUUGAAUGACCAACAGAGUGAUGGGCACAGGUUGUUCAAGGACCUGAAGGUCUACAUUAAUACUGUCAAUGAAAUGCGGGAAGCUUCAAAACGGCUUUCCCAGUCUCUGUUUGACGUUUAUGAAAGUGACUGGGAAGGAGAAGAAGAUUUAGGAGCAAUAGUAGAGGGUGAGGACCUCCUAUGGAAUGACUAUGAGACAAAGCUGGUAGACCAGGCUCUCCGUACUAUGGAGUCUUAUAUGAGCCAGUUUCCAGAUGUCAGGGAGAGGGUGGCUAAACGAGGCAGGAAAUUGGUGGACUAUGAUUCUUCCCGUCACCACUUGGAGGCGCUACAGACUGCUAAAAAGAGAGAUGAUAAUAAAAUUUCCAAGGCAGAUGAUGAAGUGAACAUUGCUCAGAAUGUCUUUGAAGGAAUCAACAGAGAACUGAGAGAUGAGCUCCCUGUCCUCUUUGACAGCCGCAUUGGAUGCUAUGUGUCAGUCUUUACGGCAGUUUCAAAUCUAAGGGAUAUUUUCUUCAAAGAAAUUAGCACGCUCAACAAAGAUUUACAGAGUGUGAUAAAAGAUCUACAGGCUCAACAUCCAGACAAGGUGUUUGUUGUUAAAGGAUUGCAGCGAACUGGCUCUUUGAAAAGACGCUCACUUAUGUCUCCCAAGGCAUGGAAGUCCAGCUUUUCUGACUUCCAUUCAAGCUAUAGUCCUAAACCAAGCCAUUCCAGUCGAGAGCUAAGGUCCAGCUUAAGGUCCCCUGAUAGGCUACACUAUGAAGAGACACAAAGCAGCACCCUUUCAGUCUCCCCUCAGUCCCAGCCCGUGGAGGAACCUGUCAUAGAGGUCAGGGAACUGGACGCAGCCUCCACCCGUAGUGAUGGUUCCCCGGGAGAGGAGAAGUCGGAGCCUAGUGGGAAUGAUCCCCCUUCAGAGGCCACUGGGGGUGGCCAUGAUUUAGAGGUAGAGGAGAAUAACCUGGGGAAGGAAGAAAAGGGAGUGAAGGAAGAUCAGCCUGAGCCAUCUUCAGAUCAACAUUAUACUGUCUCAGAUAAGAAAACAGAAGGUGAAUGCCCACCUCUGACAGAGAAUAAUCUCCAAGUUACCAACCACAAGUCUGAGAGCUUGGAGCUCCAGCAUUCUGGAGCAAACCUUCCCAAGCUGCACAUUGAAGAGACCUCUGAGAACCCCGUUGCCCUUGGGCUGCCAGAAGCCAAUGGUUUGAAAAAUGGUGAGGUCUCUGACAGCCUUGACCAUGACCUCAAUGGCUCUGCAUGCAUCCAAAAGGGUGACAGAACAACAGAAGUCUAAGAGAUAUGGUUUGCUUUUGCAUAUGAUCAGAGGGGCAUUCAGAGUGCCUUGUGCCAUCUGAACAAGAGGUUCAUGCAAAUUUUGAUCUAAUUUUAAUUUUAAAAACUUAAAUUAUUAUGAUUUACUUUAACUAAAUCUGUAUAGUGUUUAGCUAUAAUAAUGUUUGAAGCAAAAUCAUUCACAAUGCCACGUGUAUAGCUCUGCUGUAUUUAUCCUGUUCACAGCGCAAGCUGUAGGUUAAAUAAUCGAGACUGAGGUCAAGAUGAGAUGACAAAGGGCUAUUGGAGCAAGAUCAGAAAAUCUGUGCCAAAUGUCUUGCUGUGGGAAAAUAAUUGUCAUUGUCCAAUAAUGUAAUGUUCUUAAUAGGAAAAUUAUGUAUUUCAGAAAUAAUUUGUACUAUUGCUGUGCACAAGUUUGUGCCAAUGUAUCUCUACAAUUGAAAAUGGUUCUUAGUCUACCAAAGGUUGGAGAAGUAAUCAUAUCCAGUUAUCUAAUCAUCUUGUGACAUUUUUAUAAUUUAUAAAGAAAAUAUGACAUUUUACUUUUAGUGAAUUGAUUUCCCCUCUUCCUUUAAAAUGUGUUAACAAUAAUUAUGAUGUUUGAAUAUUGAAUAUAGUUUGAGUAUAAUGAGCAUUGAAGUAUAAUUUUUUCCACAUAAUUCACGAUUAAAGGCACAAAACGCGGCCGUGGUUUAAAAUCAUUUUUCACAUCUGUACCACACAAUAGGUCACACCCCGGGAUUUAGGAAAAACUCGUGCAUGCAUUUUUGCGAACGCGGAAAACAAAAAAAAGCAUCAGAAAAGUUUGAGCCAACAGCACGCCUUGAGUAAAGAAUUUCCCGUGCUCUGGAUGCGUUGGGUGUGUGCUUGCUAUAGUUAGCCAGGUAGCUGGUAACUUUUACAUUUUAGUUUUGUUGGAGCCUCCGUCGAAUUGCGUUCAGUGACUAGAAAAAACGCCAUAGCUGACAACGGCUAGAUCCAACUCCUGACACCAGCCAACAUGACUUCCAUUUCACCCGUAACUGCAACAGAAAUGAGUCCCACGACAGCACUUCCCAGUCAUACAGACUCCACUGUGAUCGGAGUGGUUAUCGUCCUUGUACUGCUGACUCUUGCUGGUCUAGGUUUCUUCCUCUACCGCUACCUGUGUCAUAACAAAGGAGACUACAGAACCACAGGGGAACUUGCUCCAGGUGAUGACCCUGAUCUGGACCACAGGGAACCAGUGGCUGGUGAAAAGAAGGAGUAUUUCAUUUAAACUAGAUUCAAGGCAAACAUGAAGGAAGUCCUCUACCCCGAUGAACUUAGGAAUCGAUUGCCUGUAAAAAGGGACGCCACUGUAUAUGAUAUAUAUAUUCCUAUAUAGGAAGAUUUUCUUUUAGAGAUUCUUCUCUGCGAAACACAAUCAUCCAUUUGGGUAAAUGAGCUGGGCUAAAAUGAGAUUUACAGUGAAGGAAAAACACUGGUGAUACAGUUUGACAUGGCAGGUGUAUGCAGGUAGAAGAUAUCUUAAACAUCUGGAGAAGAAGCAGGACAGGUUCACUUUAUUAAGUCUCCACACUCCCACAUUCAUUACUAUUGUUGUCAUAUCUGCCAUGUGAGUUUUAUUAUUUUCUUUGUUAAUAUUUAGGCUAGUGUGUCCAUGGAGCCCUUUUGACUUUUUCAUGCUAUGGAGUUAAAAUCACAAUUUAUUAGGCUGUUAUUUAUAACUUGUCAUACUUUACUAUUGGUUAUUUCUUUUUGUUAGGUAUGGGCAGCUAAAUGUUGAAUGUAUGCUCCUUGUUACAUAUCAUAUUACUUUUACUGGCUAAACUUGUUUGUAUGGUCAAAUGUUCAAUAUUUGGUCACUGAUAUGACAUGCUGCUAUCAGAGACAUCUAGAUGGCAAUAAAGCUUUUUUUCCUUUUU